AUGAAUCUUAUUUUGGAUUUGAUCAAAAACAAUGAAUGUUGUUGUAGAAGAAACGAACAAAGAUGUUUAAUCAAAAAGAUAUUAAGAGAAUGUGAAGAUCUUAAUCAAUCAUUAGUCGUCGGAGCAACAUUUAAUUUAGAGGGCAUUGGAUUUAUUGACUCUCUUUUUAAUGGUCGAUUUGAUUCAAGUGUAACGAGUGUGCAAGAAAACACUCUUAUCGAUUAUGGUGAAAAGGUUGUGGUCAAUGUCGAGAGUAUCACCGACCCAUCUAUCAACUAUCAACAGACGACCAAUAGCUCGAGUGCAUUCCUCUUUGAACAACUCGAUGACGGGUGCUACAAGCUGUCGGUAGUCCAUCCACCCGAUGAUCUGCAGUGGGAGCUCGUCCCAGUACUCAGUCAUUACACUGUUUGUGGUGGUGGUAGCAGUAGUCGAGGUAUACCAUCAUCAGUUGCAACUGACAGUCUAUCCGAUACUAUAGAAUCGUCAUCUAUUGUAAUCGUUCGACAAGACAUUGCAUUCCUUAUCAACACUCAGUCGGGGUGUAUAGGUACGAUUGCAAAUACUCAAACUUGUCAACUCAUGACACUCCAAUCAGGUACUUAUUAUCUAAGAUACUAUGGUUGGUGUGUAGUCGAUAAUACCACCACUACUAGUAAUAGUAGCUGUUCUUCUUUGACGAGUAUGGUGUUCCCAGAUGACUGUAAAGUGGUUGUACAAUCAUCGUAUCAAGUGACUGUACAAUACAGGGGUCAAAUUAAAUUAACAUUCACAAGAGACAUGGUGUUUAGUCUACCCAAUUCAAAAGAAGACACACCAAAAGCAAACAUCAAUGUUACAUUAUCAUACUUUUACAACAACCUCAUCAGUCAUUCAAUCAUCACUUGUACCACCAUGGACACACCAAUAUUUAGUGUUCCAUUAGUCCCAGUUUCAGUGUUGAUCACAACCAAUAAUAUUUCUCAAAUCAUACUAUUAAACAACAUCACUGCAACACCAACACUAGCUCAACCAAACAUUAAUAUUACCUUUUCAAUCUACGAACUGCCACCACUAAAGGACAAGAGCUAUAUCCCAGUAACUCUGUAUUCACAAAGUAGUCGUUGUGGGCUAUCAAUUACUCUCCCACCAGGUGUCUAUAGUAGAGAAUUUCUUUCGACUGUUGGUUUCUCCAAUCUCACAGUUCUCUCUUUUAGUUCUCCCUCCAAGUACCGUGUAUUCCUUUCUCUUUCCAUCCCAAUCUCUGCCUCAGUAUCCGAUAUUCCUUUAAAUGGUUAUUUUGCUGAAUCCUAUAAUACUGGUAUCAUUUUACAAGUUCAAAUUGUUAGCAAUUAUGAAUUUUCCAAUAAUCCAUUACCAUUAUUUGGAGGAAAUGUUGAAAUAUUAAAUAUAUAUCACUCUCUAUUCAAACCAAGUUAUUAUCUUGUUGAAACACCCCAUUCUAAAAUAGAUAGUUAUAUUUUGAUCAAUUGUACCGAUGCACCUUUGAUGGGUUACCACAAUUGUAGUUUCCCGUCUAGAGUUGGUCCAAGAUACAUAAAAACACAAUUAAAUAAUAAUGGAAAAUAUUUAUCUUAUUCUGAAUUGGUUUAUUAUCCAGAAUAUUAUUCAUUAAGAUCAAUAGGAUCAAAAUUAAUUUUAAUGAGUACCAAUUUAUCAAAUAUACUAGAUUUAAGUUUUAAUAGUACUAGAAUUAAUAUUAAUUUUGGUAGAGUCGAGUUCCAAGUUGGUGAAAAGAUAUUGGCAACUUAUACAUUGGACAAUCCAGCAGCCAAAAACUAUGUAGCAAUAGACUUGAGUCAAAUGGUUUUUUACAAUGGUACCAAAAAGGUUGGCAUUUCAAAUACAAAAACGUUUGGUGUCACGACCGACUCUCUUGUUCUUACGAGAGAGGGUGUGUCGUUGAUGGCGGGUACUCAGGCUACAUGGGGUAUUUACGGGUUUCCAGCUCAAUACUGGAGAUUUAAAAAUAUACAUCCAGUAGCCUUUGUCAUGUCGGGUCAGUACUUGGAUGGAUUGGAACCAGACAGAAACCUGUUUGGCAAUAGAUCACCCAUUAACAAUGGGUUAUUUUUUGCUGUAACAAACGGUACCAAAGUGGUAGUCACGAAAACGCCAAUACCAUUUCAAUUCCUCUUAUCGGUGUACCUUCAGAUAAAUCAAGAUGGGUCGUUGUGCUUUGCUUCUCCCACUGACUCUAUUGGUACUCUAGUCGAUCCUAGUAAUGUGUGUCUUGCAAUGGGUGGUCUUGGUGGUAGAUACCUCUUGGUGGCGCCACAAACCAUGUCGUGGUCGGUAUGGGCAUUGCAAAUCCUAGAUGAACGAGGUCGUUUGGUAUGGGCUCUCAACAGCACCGAGAAAAUCGAUUACCACAACAUUCCGAUGGAUUACGGGUCAUAUCUACAUUACACCGAUUCAAUAGUAUCAACCUCUUCACGAAACUAUAUCACCAAUGGUAAACAAUAUUUACAACUACGUCCCGAUGGAAACCUAGUCAUUUAUGAAAACAAUGUCUACUUUAAAAAUGAUGUUCUUGCAUUUACAGAGACAGAGGUAGCAGAAGACCCUCCCUACAUUCUAAGAGUACAAGACAAUGGAAUAUCACUCUCCUCAUCGUUGUAUCCGGAAUACCCAUACUAUCAAGUAGAAGCUAUCCCAGGUUCACCAGCCAUCCACUCGCUUUCCAUGUACCCACAAGCUGGUGAUUCCAAAUCUGAAGGAUUUAGUUAUCAAACCAACCGCAUCCCAUGGGGUGUUUUGAUGAUUGACAUUACUGGAAAGGUUUCAGGUGGUUUGCUUGGUGGUCAAGACACUCGUUUUGAAUACUUCAACUCUGUCACUAUAAAACUGGUAGAUACUCCAGACGCCGCUGAACCACGUUCUCAACUAUUACCCCAACAAAACCUAACCAACCAAUUCCUAAAUCUCGUUUGGAACGAUACCACAGGUAUCAUAAGUGUUGUCCAAAUUGAUAACAAUCAAGUCAUGUGGUCAUCACCAGAACCACCUACCAAUAUCAAAUCGGUCACUGGUAUUUACUAUUCGGGAAUGAUCUGUUAUGACUCGUUGACAGAUUUACUUCAAUUUUGUGUUGCUGUUUGUUCACAAGCUGGAGACCCAAUUUUACAACCUGAUCAAUGUUUAGAAUAUCAAUCUGUUUGGAUGCCAUAUCAAGGCAGUGAAAGACAACAAUGGUUCGGUCUAAUUAUUGGUUUCCCUGAACUUGUUCUAGUUAGUAGUGGUACAAUGAUUUGGUCUGCUAAAAUUUCAAAUCUUUUAUUACGUAAUUAUUAA